GACGGAUUAAACGGGUUGGAUUGGAUUUUGCCCACCCCUAAUGUCAGGCGUUCAAUUCAUUUCAGCUCAAAUUGUUGUCUUUGCUAAGUGAGAAUAUUGAAUUUUUAGUAAAAUAUGAAUUUUGGGAUAAUUUAAAAAAUCGCAGGUCCCCGGAAAGAGGGGGAAAAAACCCGGGGAGACCGGAGAUUGGACCGAACCCGCGAAAAUGGCAGCGGACUGGACGCGACUGCCGCCGGAACUCCUCGAAACAAUCUCGAGAAAUCUGACAAUCUACGUCGACUACCUACGAUUCCGAUGCGUCUGCCAGAGCUGGCGAUCCUCCGCCCCCAAAACCCCCAUCCACCUACCCCCUCAACUCCCAUGGCUGAUGCUCCCCCAAUCCAAUUUCUACAGGCCUCAUCGCUCUUUCUUCAAUCCAUCCACAAACAAAGUCCAUUCCCUCUACCUCCCCGAAGCUUCUCAUGGCAAACGCCGCUGCGGCUCUUCCCACGGCUGGCUCGUAGUCCUCGACGAAACCCCCUCUGUUCUCCUCUUAAACCCCCUCACCCGAGCCAAGGUCCACCUCCCUCCCCUCUCCACCUUCCCUAACGUCGUCCGCUUCGAUUAUUCCGAAAUUGGCCGAGAAUACUUGCUCCGAUCAUCCUCCUCUGGCGAGCUCUAUACGCGCAGUUUGAGGCAAAUGCGCGAUUCCUUUGUCAAGAAAGUGGUUCUGUCGUGUAGCCCUUUGGAAGCAAACGGUUUCAUUGCCUUGGCGAUACUCAAUCAAACGGGUGACUUGGCUUUCUGUAAGAACGGAGAUCAAUCGUGGACCAUAAUCGACGAUGCGCUUUCUUACAGCGAGGAUGUCGUAUAUGUGGACGGAUUGUUUUACGCUGUGAAUAAAUAUGGAGGCGUUGCCGUGUGCGAUGUUGGCGGUCAAUCGCCUGGCGUUUCCAUCAUCGAAACGCCGAGACAAAUGGGCGCUGACAUGCAGUAUUUGGUGAAUUCAGGGGAUGAUUUGUUUCUGAUUCCCCGAUAUUUAGAUGUUGAUUACGAUAGUAUGGAUGAUGAAGCAAACGUCUUUUAUAGAACGGUGGGAUUUGACGUUUUGAAAAUGGAUUGGAGGGGGCCAAGAUGGGAGAAGGUUAGCAGCUUGGGGGGUAGAACGCUGUUUAUUGGGCUGAAUUCGUCCUUGUCACUAUUGGCGUCUGAUUUCCCUGGGUGUGUAGGAAACUGUAUCUAUUUUACAGACGAUUACUCCGAGUUUAACUUUGAGACUGUGUUUGGUGGGCAUGAUUCGGGCAUUUUCAGUUUAUGGGAUAAAACAAUCCAACGCCAAUGGAAUUCGCAUUGUCGAGUACACUGGCCCCCACCGCUUUGGGUUACACCUAAUCCCUGCUGAUACAGGAUGGAUGAUCUCGAUUCUUGAAUGUAAGUGCAAAAGUCUAUAUACAUAUUAAAUUGUUCUUAUACCCAGACGUCUAUAAAACAAUAAGCACUUAUACCCUGUUGGAACUUGAAUGGUUAUUGCUAUUACACGGGUGUGUAUAAAACUAUCAGCUUUUAUUUUUAAUGUGCUAAGACUGCAGAUUGUUGUUUAUUAAUUGGUGCCUUUGCAUUGUACAAUAUAAUCAUAUUUUUUUUACCAUCAAUUGUUAUA